UAUAUUAAUUUAUAGAAGUUAUAUUGUAGUUCAAAGUCAAAAAUGAUAUUAACUUUAAUAAGCUGAUAGUAGUAAUUGUACCUCAUUUGUUUACAUAUUAUAAAAAAUGUAUUACUAGAAUUUGAACUCAGGUCACUGAAAUAAACAAAGAGCAACUAACCAACUACACUACAUCAUAUUUGUAGUUAUUUUCUUAAUCAAACAAAACUCAUUGCUUUAAAGAUGAAUGAGAAAAAUGCAAUCCUAAUUUUAAAUUUCGUCGCCUAUGAGCGAUUCUAGAAAGUUCUAUUUAGUAAUUUUACCUCAUUUGUUUACAUAUUAAAAAGUUGGUUAUUGGGAUUUAAACCAGAUCACUAAAAUGAAAAAAAGAGUAUUGUAAGUUUAUAAAUAAGUAGACUACAUCGUAUUCGUUGAAAUUUCUUUAAUUAAACAAGAGACAUAUUCUAUAUUUGAUUCUUUAUAUUUUAUUUAAAGUUAGUUAUAUCUUAUAGAAUUAAUCCUGAAAUUGAAACUUAAGUAACACUGAUUUGAUUAUUAAAUAUUUAAUUGCACACGGGGUUAAGUUUAGACAAAAUACAUAUGCAUAUCAAAACUUCGACCUUAGUGACAAAGCAGUCAGUUUUUUUUCCUACAAAUUAAAUUAAUCAUUCCAUACAUGGAAUAUGUUAAACUCUUUUGGAAGUUGUGAUUCUUCAAAUUGAUGUAUUGAGCCAGUUAGUAUAUUAUCAUUUGAUGUAUUAGGCAAAUAUAUUGUUUGGAGGUUUAAAUUGUCUUUUUGUUGUGAAACCACAAAAGUUAACUUUGAGUGACUGUGAAGAAUCUAUAUUUUUUGUUGAGAUUGAUAAUCUCUCAAUUUUGAGUGAUUGUUGGAGUGGCUAACCGACUUCUUAUGCAAGCAAACAAAAACAUCAAAUUAAACUAAGCAAAUUACGAAAUAGCAAUGACGAUAGAGGUAGCUAAAAUCGAUCAAUCUUACUUUGGAAGUGGUCAACCGCGUGGAACACGUACAAGAACAACCACCACGAUCUUCUUCUUCUUGCACAAAACUCUAACCCUAGAAGAUGAAAGCAAAUCAAUUCAAACUUCAAAUUAAACGGAGAAAAUUACAAUAGAGCAAGAACAACAUCGUACCCUAAAUUAGAUCGACCUCACCUUGUAUGUGGUCGACCGUCUGGGACCCAAAUAGGAAGAACAAGCAUCAGUCUUCUUCUUCACCAAAACUCUAACCCUAGAAGAAACCAAAUUAAGUGUUUGAGUGACGGUGAAGGUGACAUAUAUUCUUAUGUAUAGAUAUUUAGGACGAGAUUAGGGCGAAUUAAGUGGUAGACAAGUUUGGGUUAUCUUUCUAGUGUUGGAAUCUUUAUUCAAUACGGAUUGUGUGUAAACGGUCGACCACGUACUUCACUGGUUUACCUUUUCUAGUGUUAGGAAAUAAAUCAGAGUUUGAUAUUGAUAAGUUAAUGCGAUAGAGGUUGACAUUUUAAUGCAAAAGGUCAUCCGUUUUAGCAUAAGGGGUCGACCUUUUAUGGUGUUCGCUUGCCAAAUAGGUCGACCAUUUGAUGUACAAGGUCAACCGCGUUGUUGACAAUCACAAAACGAAAUCAAUAUAUUCGGUCGACCAUUCUUACCUUUCGAUCGACCGAAAUGUACAAAUACAAGUCAUCAUAGCAAAGUCCUGUACUUUCUAUCAUCUCUACCGAUGAAUUCCCACUAGUAUCACAAAAGUGCAAGAAAUGCAGGUAAAUAAUAGCUAUCCAGCUCUUACUUUCACUCACUUGUUACUCAUAGUUAAAGUUCCCCAAAAUAGAAAGGCUUAAUCAAUUACACAUAGCUUGGUGUUGGGUUUGAUAUUUAGGCUUUCAUUUUUGCCCAACCACCACGCAAGGAGUCAACAGUCAACUCACUACCCAAUCCCUCCUUUUGUUUAACUUUUUUUUUUUAAUAGAAAUUUUGUUUAAGCUUUAGUGAAGAAUGCUAUGUCUAUUUUAACGGGUUGCUAUAUCGCCUUCCACACCUUUCUUCCUUUGCUUUCCACACGGGUGGGUGACAUAAGGUUUCUCACACUUUCGUCUUUCGGUACAUCCAUUUCCAAUAACGAGCAACUCUACUAUGCUAUAUAGUAUUGGUGCUUUAAUGUACAACUCAAAGUUGUACCAUAACAUUAAAUGUAUAAGUUUAGGUUGUACCAUAAAGCAAUUUGUACUAUUAUGUUAUGGUACAACUUUACAACUUGAAGUUAUACCAUCACAUAAAGGUACAAGUUCAAGUUGUACCAUAAAAGAAUUUGUACAAAAAGUAUAGGUACAAUCUAAAGUUGUACCAUAACGUAAAUGUACGAUUUUAAGUUGUACCAUAAAGGCAAAAACCUAUAGCACCAAUACUAUAUAGCAUUGUAAAAUUUCUCUUCCAAUAACCUAUUCCGUUUGUUUCCAACAAGAGAAUUACCUUUCAUAAUUAAUGUCAACUUAGGUAUAUCAAGUUAUUUUAAUUGACUAGUGAUCUAACUUAUCUCACAAAAAGGACACUAACUUAACAUACCCCAAGCUGCGAUAGUUAUUGAAAUGUCUAUAAUUUAUAUACAUCUUCUUUUUUUAUUACAUAAUUUAUAUACAUCUUAAGAAAUAAGGAUUUUAGAAUAUUGACUGGUAUAUAUGCUACAGUAUUACCUCAAAAUGAAUGAUAUAUUUUAUUAGCUGUUUACUGUUUGUAAUAAUGACAGAUUUUUCUAGUUGCAAUAGAAUGAGUAAUGCUUGAUUGCUUUAAUGAAAACCUAAGCCCCAUAUUUAGGGGUUGUUUGGUUUUGGUGAUUGUUUGGUUGGGAUAAUUACAAUCAUUGUUCACAACAUAUUGUUUAUAUAUAUAUAUAUAUGGAUACGACUCGUAUGCUUCAGACGCAUAGUAUGCUCCAGGCUCUCAGUGCCGUUGAUCUAAUCUAACGACUUUAAUUAAUUAUAUUCAAAUGAAUUAUUUAUUAAAAAUUAUAUUACAAACUACCCCUUUAAAUAAUUAUAUAAGCUAUGAAGUCCCCCAACUAUGAUUAUCAUUAUUUCAUAGAGGUUUUUAUUGAACCCCAAAAGUUUAUACGAUUGAUAAAAAAAAAUUCCAAUAAGAUUUGGCCCAAAUUAAUGAAUCAAAACUUGGAUUUCAUCACCCAAUUCGACUCCCAUCAUCAUCACUCAUCAGUUCAUCCCAGCUUCCCCCAAAGAACUACCCUUAAUUUGAUAAUCAUCAUCCAAAUCCAGCAAACAUCAAAACCUAAAACCCUAAAGCGACCUCAUCAUAGCAGACAAAGGGAUUCAACUUAUUUCGUAAAAUUCAUGUUUGAGGUUUCCAGAUUAUACACAGUUGUGGCUUGCUCUCCUCAUCCAGCCCAAGAGUCGAGCUCAUCCUCGGCUUCCGACAGGCAUCAACUCCACCACGUCCUCGUCCCGGUGUAGCGGACUGGUGCCCUCUCUCGACAAACCAGAAUCGAUCACUGUGUACGACCAUUAAAAGGACGUCGUUGAAAAAUAGCAGAGGCUGCGAUGAAAAGAGGACCUCGCAUCACGGCAGGGGAAUUCUUGUGGCCGGAGUUGAGAAUAGGGGAGAUGGAAGAAGAGUCACGAGGGAACAACGGUGUUGCAUAACAGAUGCCUUUUCGUGUUCCCUGCUAAUUUUAGAGUGACAGGAUAAAUGAUUCGUUCCCUAAUACACUACAGCGUUGCAUAACAGAGGGCUUUUGAAUUCUAAAAAAACAUAGGGCUUUUGGUGGCGGAGAGGUGUGAUGAAAGGGAGGGGGGUCUUUUACUACAAUUUUGUUCUUGGUUUACUGGGUUUGUUUUCUCUGUUCUUGAGGGUUAGUUAAUUGAUGUAAAAGUGGAUUGUGAAGGGGGAUUUUACAAAAUGAAAAAUAAUUAGGUGACUUACACUAUGUCAAGAAGAAAUAACGUGGUUUUGGGUAAAACGUAAUUGAUUAAAAUUGUUAGGGGACUAUACCGUAUGUAUAAAUUUUUAGUAGGUGUAGUCGUAAUUAUAGUUAUAAUUCAAAAAAUAGUUUUUAUGAAAUUAAUAGUGUACCAUUAGAUUAGAUCAAUGGUAAAGAGAACCUGGAGCAUGCUAUGCGUCUAGACCAUACGAGUGUGACCCAAUAUAUAUAUAUAUAUUUUUGCACAAACAAUUAGGGCUGGGAAACGGUGCGGUCUGGUCCAGACCAGACCAUAUAUACGGUCUAUGGUCCAGACCAAGAGGCUAAAGUAUAGACCAUAGCCCAGACCACAGACUAUACGGUCUGGUCCAGACCACGCCUGUGCGGUCUGGUUCGGUCUGGUCUGGUCCACAUAGACCACUCUCAACGAAAAAUGAUUAAUUUGUUUAGUCAACCACACAAAAAAUUGAACCAAUAACCAGGAAAAAUAAUUGUUAUUUGGCUUAAAUCAUUAAUCCUAGCAUGCAUGAAUAAUUUUGAUACUCUAAAUCUUAGUACAUAACAAAGAUACAAAGUAAAAGCAUCCCAACUUGCACCAUAACGUCAUAAACAUUAACAUAAUGUCAUAUGAAGACACGAUUAUCUCUACUCUCUGGUUAAAUGUGGUUGUGAAUGAAGGAGGGACGAGAUUCACCAAACUAAGGUUCAGGCUUGGGUGUCGUUGUAGGAGUUGGGAGAGUGGUCGAAUGGGCUGUUAACACGUAUUGACAAGUCAGUUGGGUCCACGGUUUGGUCCGGUAAACCGCGGUCUAGACCAGACCAGACCAAGAGAUCAAAACAUAAGAUAAUACAGACCAUAGACCAGACCAUACUUAACGGUCUACGGUCCGGACCAAACUGUGCGGUACGGUUUGGACCACGGUUUUUCUAACGGUCUGGUCUAUUUUCCCAGCCAUACAAACAAUACAUGCAUUGUUUGCUUGAUUUGAUACUAACUAUCACUCAAAAUGAUUGAUAGUUAAAUCUCAACUUUUGAGUGAGAUUGUUAAGAUUGUUUGUUUGAGAUUGUUGAGUCUUUUUCUUCUUCCAACUAUGUCCCUACCUUUUCAUGUGUGUUGCAUUUUUAUAUUUAAAACAAAGGGUAAAAGUGACAUUUCACCCAAAAAGGAAUAUAACUUAUUUAAAGAC